CAUACUCCGCACUGUCAAUUGUGCAGCAGCACAUCUAGCCAACUCUGUGUCUGGUAUGGAGGAUAUAGCUCUGCGUCACCGACAUAGAGCCAUGUUCGCACUUUCCUCCGUCAUCCAUUCCAUGUUUCAUCCGGAGGAUGAAGGGUCCGGGCAACAUUGGCUAUCGCGUUCGUCCACAAAGACUAGUAGAUACCAUGCCCUCCUAGCGUCGCUUUUGUUGAAUAUAAGUUCGACAUCAAAGGCUUGGUAUGAUUCUUCUUUGACAGGCCUUACACAUCUGUUCGGGGCACGAUUACUCUUUCAAGCAUGGACGAGCGAUGAGGGUCUCUCCACUCGAGAAGACCAGCCCUCGCUAUUGACACGUGAGCAAAGCUUCAUCGUCGGUGCCAUGGCCUUUUUGGAAUGUUUGGCGUCUAUCAUAAUUGACCAACCAAUCGAGAUCCUGACGUACCUACGACCAUUCUCUACACUUGCCGAGAACCAACGUAUCUAUCCCAAUCCUUGGACUGGAGUGAGCACGCCGCUCUUCAUCAUGUUGGCCGAGGUAGCAACGCUCAUCAGACAAAAGCGAAAUUUGACUGCCUUGAGCUCCGCCGAACCGCAAACUGAAUCGCUCUCACAGCUGAAUACAAGCCUGACCAAGAACGCGAGCCAACUUUUCAACUCGGCCCUUUCGCAUCGGGCCCCAUCAACUGCGAUAACGGAUGAGACUAAAGACACCAAAACACCUCUGCAUCAUCUCGGAAGCAUAGACUGUAUUUUUCGCUUGAUCAUCCUGCUAGAGCUUGCACAGAUCUUUCCAGAUGUUGUCCUAGACAAUACCAAUGCUGUUCGCGACAAGGCAGAGUUACAGCAAGAGAGCCAGAAAGUGGCGCGGGACUUUGCUAUCGCGGCCUUGAGGAUGAUCUCCGAACUGCCAAAAACGUCUGGAACGCUCAUAAUGCUGACAAUACCCCUCGUCUCCGCUGGAAGUGCCUUGCGAAAUCUCGAGAGCCAUAGAUACGAUCACAAGUUCGACUCUCACUUGUUUACUGAGCUACGUAAGGACGUAUCCGACCUCAUCAAUCAACCACUUCCAUUAGCGACAUGGCGAGAUCUAGUCGAGCUGCGAAUCGAGCAGCUGGAGCGGCGGGUGGGUUUAGCACCAGUGCGCAGAAUGAGGGAACUGUUAAAGGCAGUCUGGCAUCAGGCAGAUGAAGCAACCCCGAGCGUAGAUUCUUCCACGCGAAUCCACGUCCAUUGGAUGGAUGUGAUGAUAAAAGAGAAGUUGGAGACCCUCCUGGGA